AUGGCUACCACGAUAUCUCGAACGUUGAGCGCUCGCGAUACUACCAAGAAAACGCGCGCAGCCAAGAUUGAGCUAUUGUACCCUACUGAUAUCUUCUCUGGAUGCCAAAACAAGUAUCUAUCCCACACAGGGCGUUUCAUACGUCACUUGGAAGACUUCCUGCAGGUCAAGCGAAAGAGACUCGAUAUAGAUGGCCUGUUCAGGCGGCAAAGCAUCGCUGGUGGGACUUCACUGAAGAAUUAUCUAGAUACCCAGACUAUGGCGCAUAUUCAGCUAUAUGACUGCUACCAGAAUUGCCAGACAUUCGUGCGAGACUACGAGAAGGAGUUCCAUAAGAAGGCAUUCGCCGACCCUUAUAUCAAGUACAAAUGGUCUCUUGGCAAGGACCUCACGGUAGAACAAUAUGAGCAAGCUGUUAAGGAGCGAAACACCUUUAGAGACUGGAUGCGCACUACGAUACUACCGCCGCCAUCUGAUGGAAAAAGUUUGGACAAGAUACUCAUCCUCCUAAGUGGAGAUACGGAACCUAUGUACCGACAUGGAUAUCAUAAGUAA